AUGCCCAUCAAGCUACCCAAAAGCUUCGCUCGGAGGAAGUCUUCGGGCAAUGUCCUGGAGGACGUGGAUGGCAACCCCCAGCCCUCCUUCCGCGUCUUCGAGCGACCGGGCCCCCAGAGAUCGAUGACAGACGGCGCCCCACUCACAAAGCGUAUGAGCGAGGACCAUGCGGUCCCCUCGCUGGAGGAUUCCGACAACAUCUUCGCCGGGUCAGAGCACCCCUUGGGCAAGACUCGGUAUGGCCGACCCCGGACCAUGGAAUCCCUCAGAAAGCGGCUGACCCGCCACCAUGACAGUGGUCCAACCUACGAAAGCUCGACCUCGACUCGGCUCAGUUCUUCGUCCACCCUCCCAUCCUCGACAGAAGUCCCGCCGCCCGACGAGGCGUCCUCCCCACAUUCGCGAAUCCACGAUAUCCCCGUCCCUCCUCCACUUUCGGGGGCCCUACGCGCUGCGGGCAGGACAUUCUCAUUCGGUGGGCGCUUUAAUAGGAAUUCAGGGCCUCCUGCUCCGCCUCGACAUGCUACUCCAGAGGUCCCCAAGCAACGUGCCUAUAGCGGUAGCACUGACGACACCGCGACCCCGCCAAAGCUACCUGAUUCGCAAUUAAAUUUCGAUCUCGGAGCAGGGGGCGACGACUUCGGGAAGAUGUUUGACCACUUAGGUAAAAGGGAAAGCGCCCUGUUGCGGGAGUCGUCUCCACAACGGGCAUAUCAGUACUCUUCGUCCCCGCCCACGAACGCCCUACCGGGAUUUCAAGCAACGGAGAAUAGGGCUGGACGACCCGCUCCUAUUAGUACAGACCGAUCUGUAGCCGUCGAACCCUCUCCUUAUUCAUGGGGUAGCCGUCACUCUGGCGAUAACCUACUUAAUAGCCCAGGCGACGAAAUGGCCACUGCGCCUGCUCAUUCGACCCUCGACACAACCAAGGGUGUCCGCAGACCGUCGCCGUCGCCGGCCCAAAUGCUCGGCGCUACUACUUCCCACCGGGCCUUGGACAAGCCGAGGCGGCCAUCAGACGGACUGCGAAGAAGUGGGAUCUAUUCGGUGGACCGAGACUCGAAUCCCGUUGAUGACGAAGACGCCAAAAUGGUCCGACAAUCUCUUUUGUGGAGUAAAGGCUCUUCGCCCCGAUGGGAAGAAGGCACCUCUCCGUCGAAUGGAUCGCCGGUUCUCGAUAAGGGCAAGGGAGUCAGUCAUUCGCAUUUGAGCCCUGAUGCGGAUGAGGGACUGUUCGCGCCUCGCCGGUCACCCGCACCCAGCGAUUCUGGAAUGGACGAUGCACGACUGGCUGUUCAAUUCGCCGAGAGCCUGCCCAAAUCCACUUCCCCGGCAAAUGGCAACAAGGUGAUGACUCCAUCCCAAUUCGAGCAUUACCGCCAGCAGCAAGAACUUCGGCGAUCCAACAGCAAUGCCUCGAAGACUGAUGAGGAAUCUGACCACGAGGAGUUUGAUGAGGAAGAUGAGGUUGAGAAGCAGCGUGAGGCGGAGCGCCAGCGACGGAAGCAGGAGGCUCAUCUCUCCGUGUAUCGACAGCAGAUGAUGAAGGUGACCGGCCAGCAAGCGCCAUCCCCUCUGCUUCAUCCGAACAUGACGGGAGCGAGCAACAGCACUCCGAACCUGUCCAACCGCCUUUCCAACCUGGCUGACAAGUCUUCCAGCGGGAAGAGCAGCAAUGAGGACGAUGACGAGGAGGUUCCGCUGGGUAUUCUUGCAGCCCAUGGCUUUCCCAGUCGCAACCGUCCGCCUACUCGCCUGGCCAAUGCCAGCUCCAACCCAAAUCUUCGCGCUUCACUCCACCCAUACGCAUCGUCGGCUACUUCACUCGCCGGCGGCGAGGCUGGCAAUCGUGGCAGCUUGCCCGUCUUUGCCAGGAACCUACCGCAGGACCCCUACUUUGGAGCUCGUAUAGUUAACUCUUCCAAUCGGGAAUCAUUGGCCUUGGGUGGUGGUUCCGGGUCCGUGUAUGGCGGUGCUUCCUCCCCGGUACCUCCUCCUGGCGGUCUGGUUGGCGUGAUUGCCAAUGAAGAGCGACAACGUGCAGCUCGGCGGGGAAGUCCCAACCACCAGGCAAUGUACGAGCAGAUGCAGAUGGGGAUGGGUGGUGCAGGCGGCGUGCCUCGACCUUACUCCAUGAUGGGCCCGCAGCCGUUGUCUCCAAGCGAGCAGGCUCAAGUCAACCUCUCCAAUCAGAUGCAGAGUAUGAUGCAGAUGCAGAUGCAAUGGAUGGGUCAGAUGAUGCAAAUGCAGGGCACCCCUCCGCCGAUGAUGGCAGGUGGCAUGCAACCUCCCAUGAUGGGAGGCAUGCCUAUGCCAGGCGGUCCCAUGGGCCCUCCUUCAGUCAUGGCGGGCAAUUUCAACAUGAGACCGGUCUCCAUGCAGGGUCCUCCAGGUGCCGUUACACCGAACAUCGACCAGCGCACCCUCAGCUUGCUGGACCCCAAUAUUGCUGCGCGCCGCGGCUCGCCGAUGCCGAAUCUGCCUGGCGGCCCGCCCUUCCGACCUCACAAUGCAGGCUAUGCCGCAUCCAUCGCACCUUCUGAGCGCAGCAAUGCAGGCCUCGCAUCCCGGUAUCGGCCUAUCUCGGUUAUGGGAGGUGAGCCCGGUCACGCCCCGCCACUCAACAAGCCCUGGAACGACGAAAACCAGCACCCCUCGUCCUUGUCUGUCUCCCAGUCUCAUAAGAACCUGCCCAAGUCCUCAUCGCUGGCGACCGUCACUGUGCGACCGGUCUCACGAACCAGUCAGUCCCCGGCGGGACGCAAGCCUCGCAAUGCUUCGGACGAAGAAGACGAGGAUGAGGGCUGGGCAGAGCUGAUGAAGAAACGAGACAAGAAGAAGAGCAACUGGAAGCUGAAGCGGGGCACGUCCUCGUUCGGCGACCUCCUGAGUGCCGUGCACUAG